AAGGCGAAAAUAGCCGCGUCGGGCAACGAGACGAACGACAACUUACCCCGGCGCUACGCCGCGCGCCGUUCCGUCCGACCUUCGACCGCGCGCGAGCCGCGCCGCGACCAGCCGCGAUCGGUCUCGGGGCGGAGAGAGCCGAGCGCGGCCGAACGACCGGUCACGUGACCGCGCGAAGCCGGCCGUCCGCUCGGUUCGCGCGCUUUUCCGCUCUCACCUGUUGCGUUCGGUGGUGUGUGCGGGCGCGUGUGUGUGCGCGCGCGAUUGUUUUCGGUUUUCUCGGAGAAGCGCCGACGGCCGCGGUGACAGCUUGACGCUUCCCGUGACGGCGUCUCGUGCCGGCUGUUCCGAGCGUGCGGGCGUGCGUCCCGUCCCGGCGAGCGCUUUAUUUCCGCGGGACAAAGCGCGCGCGUGUGACAUAACCUAGAAACGCGGCGCCUGGAUCCUCCACUGCGGGCUGUACGGACUUGUCGUGUCGUGUGUUGUCAAGCCGGCUCUGUCGACACAAAGACAAGUUGCCGAUAAAUCGAAGCGAAUCCGUUCUGGUAUCUUUGCGUAUUUACUGGACUUGAUUAUUUCUGGCGAGACGCCCGGCAAGUCCAAACCCUGGCCGAGGCCAGCGAAAUCGAGAGCGAAAUCGGAAGUCGCUGUGGCCGCGCGUACUAAAAUCGCCGACGGUCCGAGGGAUAAAUAUCGCACGCUGAAAACUUGGCGGUGCAAAUCGCUCGAAACAUGACGGACUAUCUGUCCGCCGAGCUCACCGCCACUUGCGCCGUCAUCGGAUACUUCGACGGGACCGCCUAUCACUUGGACAAAAAUUGCCUGGAUGUCGUGAAGGAUCUCAUUAGAUACCUUAAGAGGGACGACGACACGCACACUAUAAGACGCUUCCUCGGACAAACGAGAUUACUGCAGACGGAUCUUGUAAAGAUACUAAUACAUCACGUUGAGAAAACCGAGCUCUGGGACGUCCUGCUGCGAUUACUUAUUAACCUGACGAGCUCCGCGUUCGUGAUUUACAACGAACAGAUACCGAGCGAGAAGACGGCGUAUAGCUUGUAUCAGAGGCUCGUCUCGUAUUUGCAAGAGUACAAGGCGGCGUUGGCCGACGAGGCGGUGUGGUCGGCGGUGGCCGGUCGUUUGGCGAGUCUACUUAACGUUGAUGGCCCGGAGAGAGGGGAGGACGACGAGUUGACGAUCGAAAGAAUACUCGCUUUCGUUAGAAACGUACUGCAAGUGCCGCCUAACGAUAACGAGAAGAGGGCCGAUAACGACGCUACUGUUCACGACGAGCUGCUGUUUGCGUUCCAUGCCUCGGGCAUAGUGGACAUUUUGCUGUUCAUUGUCAGCAGCAAUAAGGAACAACAGUAUCACAUGCAAAUUUUAGAGAUUAUAUCUUUAAUGUUACGUGAGCAAAAUGCAAGCCUGCUGGCUGCAUCUGGGCUGCAACAUGGCACCGCCGAGAGGGAAAAUGACGAGGCUUGCCUCGUAGCCAUGCGGCAAAAAGAGCUACGCGAAAAAAUGGACAAAGUAAAGAAGUACGCUGGAUCGCGACACUCACGAUUCGGCGGUACUUACGUUGUGGAGAAUAUGAAAGCUACCGGAGAAAAUCCACUGAUCUGCCAUAAGCCGUACCAAAAGAUCGACGCACUAGAAUUCGGCCACAAUCAGAAAAGAGUGAAGCGGCGCAAAGAUAAAAUCGGCCCGCAGGACACCAAGGAGGAGCGCACGUCUGCCCUCAGCGUGCGGCUCUUUCUGAAAGAGUUUUGCGUCGAGUUCCUAAGCGGCGCUUACAAUCCCGUGAUGAGAUUCUGUAGGUCUUGCUUCAUCAACGACGUCCAGGGCCAGGCGGCGGAAACGGCUGUCUAUCUGUGGGCCUUGCGCUUCUUCAUGGAGUUCAAUCGACAUUACAAGUUCCAGGUGAAAUAUGUGAGCGAAACCAUAUCCACGGAAGUGUUUUAUUUGGUCCAAAGGCAAAUGGUACAAUACUAUGAGAUGAUUGUAGUUGACAAGAAAAAGAUACCGCUUUGGUCUCGUAGAUUGCAUUUGGGAUUAAAGGCAUAUCAGGAGCUUCUUAACACUCUCAUGGCGAUGGAUAAGAGCACAGACGAUGGUGUUAGAGAAUCCAGCAAGAUAAUUAAAAGCAAUAUCUUCUAUGUCCUGGAAUAUCGGGAAACGAUACUCUCUCAGCUUUUGUGCUUCGACGAGGUUAAAAUGUCACGGCAGUACUUGGUGGAUCUUGUAACGACUGCUCACAUAUUUCUAAAAAUGCUCGAGCACUUUUGCCAGAGGGGCCAACGGCAUCUCGUGGUUCAAAAAGUCAAGGCGAAGAGAAGAAAGGCUAAAAGGAAUAAAAAGAACCCAGAACCCACUCGGAGCAACGUAACCGCAGCUCCUACUUUGGAGGAACGUUGGGAUAUUGUCGAUAUCGAAUUAUCUGCCGUUAUGCGCGAUGGCGUUAUACCUGUAAUGGUGCCGUUUGACGCAACGUUAAAUACGCCUAUCGACGAUCAAAAAGCGGACACCAUGAAGAGAAUCCAGAAAUUGUUGCGACAGAGGAACUUGGAGCAGGCAGUUGGUCUCCUACGUGCAGCAAGAGAAGUCUGGCCCGAGAAUGACCACUUUGGAAAAGUGGACAUACUUCCCGAGGAAGAGUUUCUGGCUCUUCACGAGAUCUUUUUUGCAGACCUGGGCGUGGUCGAAAAUCAGAUCGCUACUCAGGAAACGAUGAAUGAGGAUCGAGACACUGAAAACCCUGGAAACCGCGAAGAAAAUGAAGAAGAAGAUGACGAAGAAGAUGAAGAAGAGGGAGAAACUAUUUACCAAGAAACUGACUUUAAAAUGGACGAAUUUCUUCAGAGGUUCGCCAACGUGAAGAUCGUCAAGGCUUUAGCACUACUAAUGCAACAAUUCGAAAACAACCCAGUCGAGGUAAAUCACUAUGUAACAAAAAUGUUACAUCGGAUUGCUUGGGAUUGUAAAAUGCCGGCUAUGAUAUUUCAAGCGUCCAUAUUUCGGACUUUUCAAAGAAUCCUGCAAUCAAGGGACCCUGCACAUAAGGAGCUCCAGAGGUUCGCGGUCUUCAUAAUCCGCCGUUUCAUCGAAGUCGCGAAGAAGAACCGGAAGUCGUACAUGGAGCUGUUCUGCUGGAAGACUACCCGCGACGCGACAGAAAUCGUGGAUGGCUACAGCGCGGAAACGACUAACAAGAAAGUUUCACGAGCAACCUGGACGGAGGCGGAAGAGGAUGAGCUGCGUACCCUCUUCAUGGAGCAUCAGACUAACAAAUAUCCUCAAGAUUUAAUUGAUUGGCUGUUGGAGCACGUCAUCAAUGAAAAUAGAACGCGGCGUACCAUCAUCAAGAAACUCAAGGAGAUGUGUUUGAUUGUCAAUUCUAAGGGCGUGCGAGCCGAGGUACAAAAGAGAUUACCCAAGGAGUGGUCUGAGGAAGAAAUCGCCCAGCUCACAGAACUUUGGACUCAGUUCAAGGACGAUGACGAUCCCGUGGAUUUGAUUUUCACCGGACUUAGAAUAAAGCGGCCGAAGCCGAAGAUCAAGGAGAAGCUUCUGGAAUUAGGGCUGGCGCAGGAUCGCAGGGAGCUGCGCAAAAAGCGGUCCAGAAAAAGCAACCAGGGUAAAUCGUCGUGGGAAACGCAAGCUGCCAGUAAUUCUGACGGGAACGAAAGUUCAGCCACCGACGACGAAGACGGCGAAGAAACUCGAAAAUCCUCGAAGCGGGGCGGCGCGCCCCGGCGGAGCGAGGAGCCGACGAAAAAGAAGCAACGGAACAGGCGGAAGCUACCGACGAUCGUUUACACGGAUGCACAAUUAUCCGGUCUCUUGAAGGACGUCAUCGACAGGGACAUGAGAGAGGCGUUGGAAUGGAUCAUGGAAUCCCUGCAAGACGUUCUGGACGAUCGUGACGAGGAGAGCUCCGAGGGCAUACCCUUGGUGCCGCUGACAGAUUGCUCGUCGGCCGCGAUGGAUUUGCCGAGUUUUCAAAAGCUCCUUCGCGCCAUGGGAUUUGUGCCACCGGCUGAUGCCCAGGAAUCUUAUUGGCGUAUCCCGGCGAAUAUGCUUACAACCACGCUCCAGAAGCGCUACAAACUCAUCGAAGACGCUCUAGCCGGUGAAUUCGUUGUCGAGGAAACGCGCGAGGAUCGUGCCGAUACCGACGAAAGGGCGGACGACAGUGAAGACGACACCAAUGUGUUCGAGAACGUUAAAAAGUUCUUUACGCCUAGAGACCCGGGACCGUCGACUUCCGCGCAAUCGGAACCGUCUAGUAAAGUUCAGUUAUCACAAAGAUCCAAAACAUUAUUGACAUUAAACGAGGACAGUGAUGAAGCAGAGGCUAUAGAAAAAAAUGAUGAAACGAGAGUCGCCGUGAAAGCGCAUAAAGAAAGUACAGGCAACGUGAGAAAUCGAGUAAGGACGCUCGACGACUCCUCCGAGUCGGAAAUGGAAAUCGAGAGGGACAUCGGUGACAUGAACGACGACACAAAGAGAGAUAGACCUGAGUCUUCAUCCGAUACGGACAAACCGUCCAGUAAGAAACGUCGAUUACUCGACAGUGACGAGGAGGGAGAAUCGCUAAGAAGCGAUUGCAUCGAGGCAAAUGGCGCUCCUGUAAUAAUUAGCGACGAUGAAGAAUUGCCCAACGUACGGUCUAAGCGGUCUGCAUUAUCCCACGUAAUAAUCAGCGACGAAGAAGAUUAGGAGAGUGCGUUUAUAUGUUCGUUUUUAUUCCAGAUAUUUAAAUAUUCUUAAACACUCGAAAACAUAUUUUUUUGUUUGCUCUUAACUCGAACAAUAAUUAAAGCGAAAAUUAAACUAAAACGUGGGCCGAUUGUUCCAACUCCUUGGUAAGUUAAUCAAUAGUUAAAUCACAUUUGUCUUCGUUUUUUUUUCUUCAAAUUAAACGUAUAAUUUAACCAUUAGUUGCCAAGACGUUGGAAAAACGGGGCCCUUUGUCGAAUAUUCUUCUAUGAUAAAUUUGCUUCGCCGAGAUAAAAUUUGUGUGAUAAGGUGGAAAUAAGUAUUUAAUUUUAACAGAAAAGAAUCACAAGUGACAAUUGCGUGUUUUGAGAAAAUUCGUCUGUGGCUGAAUUUUGAGAAAAAAAAUCGCUUCAACAUUGUUAGCUUCUGUUGGGAAGGCGACACGUACGGGACGCCUUGCAGGCAUCGGCUUUAUCCGCGAGCGCUCGUACCGGGGGCUUACACACUAGGCGUUGUAAGCUUCGUCAAGGUCCCACGUGCUAUUCCCCUCCGCGAUACGCCCUUACGAGCGGUGGCCACCCUGGCGCACGCUUCAGGGUGCCAAGAAAAACAGUUCCCGAAAGGCGUCCACAUUUCGCCAAGUAACGACGAAGAGAACAUGCGAGCGCGGCGGUGCCGGCUGGCGAGCGUGUCUCCGGCGUCGACGCCGCCGGCUGCGGGUCAUCGACCUUGGUCACGUGGCCGCCGGCCCGGGCACUUCCGCGCCCGCGCCGGGCUUGCAGUCCCGCGUCGCCGCGACCGACCUCCUCGAUCACGUGCUCCCCGGUUCGGCGGUUGGUCAAUGCGGCUGACUUUACGUCUUUUGAUGGGCAGGUGAGGAGUCUUGGCGAGUGUUAACGAUACGUACGUGUGCAUCGAGACGUAAUCGCGCGACGAAAGACCAGCCCUCACCUUUCCCGGUGCCCACCUUCGACGGCUAACGACGGCGGCGCGGACCGGCGGGACCCACGCGCGGAACGACGCGUAAUGUCGCCGCAAGGAUUGCGCGACUCGCCGAUAUACGAUCAGGAAAUCAUGCCGGGCCAAGAAUCGCGAAAAACGCCUAGCCCGCGAAUCUAGUCGCGAACGUUGCGUCGUAUUGUCGCGCGCGACGAGACGCCAAGCCCCGCACAAAUUUACAUGCGUAAUUAGUCAACCGCUGUUCGCUGAUAAAGACGUUCAACUGUCUCUGUUCCCUCGCUUCCCCAUUUUACUCUAUUACCUCGCCGUAUUGUCGUCUUUAUGUAGUUACAUAUUUCUUCAUUAUUUUAUCAUCGGCCGACUUGACCGUUCUAUCUAAAUCAUCUAGGUAUUCUGUAUGUAUUUAAUAAUAAAACGAAACAAAGUUAUUCCCAUUCCUUUCGUAUGUCUGAUUCUUACACACGUUACUUUAUCUUGUCUUAUCUUACGCGUGAAUUUUAUCUUUUUUUUUAUUUAUAUAUUUUCUACUAUGUUCUUUUAUCAUGUACUUGCCAUUUAUCUUCUUUACUUUAUGUAUGCAAAUUAUACUUUGUGUAUAAGACAUUGCAUUUCCUUUCCUACAUUUAUUGAUUCGAGUAUCGCCGUCACAUUGUGAAAUCGAGCCUGAACACGAGUAUUGAUGGCCCCGGUGGCUGAGCGGUAAGUAGAAAAUCUAGGGUCUGAUCACGGGCUGCCGUGAUCUAAUCUAUUAAUCUACUUGCGCACGAGCGCGGGCACGUCUACGGCGGUCGUCAUCCCGUCAUCUUCGUCACUAUAGAACGGCCAGAUUCCAGAAGGGUGACCACGUGCAUUCUAAUCUCAACUUUCGUAUGCC